UUUUUGCUCGGGACAUUUACGGUCACACUGCUAACAUGGACCGGCGCGAGGAUGCUCUUCGGGAGGCCAUCGAUGAUAAUGCGAAGGAAACGGACCGUUGGCAGACAUACAAAAGCGAUAAUGAGAGCGCCAUUCGAAACUUGGACAUGUUCGCCAAGAGCCUCAGCGUCGAGGUUAUGGUGCCCAUUGGCAGGAAGGCUUUAAUGCCGGGCCAGCUCAUACACACAAACGAGUUGAUGGUGAGCCACAGCGAAGGAUACUUCUCGGCUUGUUCCGCGCAUAAGGCCAAGGAAAUAUGUCAGCAUCGCCUUCGGCUGGCGGAAGAACGCUUGAAAAAGCUUGAGACCGAAGCGAACCUGUGGCAAAACAAAUUGGACGCGCCACUUGCGGAGGGUGCUAUGGCAGAGCCCGGAAAGUUCGAAAUCAUUGAAGAUUACAACGAAGAGGCUGAAAUCAAUUGGAGGGCGAAACACAAAGAAAGUAUGCGCAGGAUGAAACAAGUGGAGCGUCAGGAACGCGAGGCAGAGCUCAGAAACGGCGAAGAUAAGCUUAACAAAUUGGAAGUGCUCGAGAUAAUGGAAGAACUGGGUCUGGACCCUGAGAAUGCAGAUCCGGAGAUGAUAGAAGAGCUGCUGAGAGAGAUUCAAGAAAAACCUGCUGAAAGUAAAGGUAAAGCCACGAAAGAUAAGCCCAUUCACUUAAAACUUACUGAGGAGGAGGAAGCCCUUAUUCAUAGCACAGACCAACAAGUGGUGCAUCAAUUAAUGUCCGGUGAACUAAGGCAAACUUCGUCGAAAAAACGUAUAGGAAGAGCUUCAAAUAUAAGUGUCAAGAGUGACAAGAGUGUGAAUCAAGGUAAAGCUAAUGGCCAAGAAGCAAAGCAGACUCUUGAUGAUGCCAAAGAAGAAAAGGGGCAAACCACUUCAGAAAAUUUAUCCUUGUUGCCCAGUCUAGAAUUUAAAGAUGAAAUAGAAAGUGUAGAAGAUGAACCUGUCGACCAGGAAGACCAGGAGGUGCAAACCAUUCGAAAUCAGAUGUCCCUGUUGCCCAGCAAAGAACGUGAACCAUUCCUUAGGUCCCAGCUGCAGGUUCUAAAGGCGAAAAUGCGCAAAAUACAAAGAGUUAAAUUUAUAAGUGAAGAGCUGACUCAUUUAAUGAAUGUGGUUGUCAUCCUGGAAGAUGACCUCCAGGAGUUGAUGUUUGAAAACGAUCUGUUGGAAGCCAGCGACGAGGAGCAGGCUUCCAUGGAUGAGGAAGCGCCUGAGAUAGCACCCAAAGCGGAUCCUAAAAAGCGGCGUAUUUCCUUUGCCCUGUCAGAGGAGAAGCUGGAGUUCCAUACCCACGAAUCCGUUGCCGAAAUGGUGCCAAAGGCGAAGCAGCGGGCCCGCGAUAUUAUAACGCUGGAUGAUCCACCAAAUAACACCAUGAUUCCAGUGCAUCCAGAGAAAGUAAGAAACAAGAACUCGGAGAUAUUGCAAAAGGUUCAGCAGAACCUAGAUUAUGUACAGGAGAAUCAGAGUGCCCAAGAUUUCGAUUUGCUUAACCGAAUACUGGAGGAGUCAACUGGUCGCAUCAACACGCUAAACCUAAGCUUCACACAUUCCGAUGCGGUGCCUGCUGCGAUGCCUGAAUGCGACGAAGGCACGCCAGGAACGCCGGCAGAUUUCUACAUGCAGUAUGUGAAAGCAAAGGCAAAGGCGCCGCACACUUUUCCCAUAUACGUGAAUGGUUUCGAUGGCGAACAGGAGCUGAAAGUGCCCAUACUGAAUGAGACUGCGCGUGUGGAGGCCUACGAGGAUCCGCGAACUCAGUUUUCCAAGCCAGAUACGAGUGCCACCGCAACAGCUGAUGCACCUUUGUCCAAGUCAAUCCUGCGAAAUAAGUCCGCUGUUGAGCGCGAGUCGCACAUAACCACAAAACAAACGAAGAAGGCAAAGAAGGGCAAAGGCAACCGGCCGAAGAAGGAGCGCACUCUGGAAGAUGAUCUGAGGGACAUGAGUGCCUAUCAGAAGGUGAUGCACGAUCUGGUGGAGACUAAGGAUCCAACGGCGCCAGACCCCCUGCCCAAGGAAAAUUUCAUAGACGCGCAUACCCCAAAGAAGCGAGUCAGCCGCUUCAAGGAGCAGCGGUCGUCGCUCAACAAGACGUAGCAAAAUCGUUGGGGGCUGUUCUUCAAUUUACUUUGUAUGUAUAUUUGUUCAAGUUUAAUGUGGUGAUCUAUUACAAACACAACGACAAACAAUAAACAACUACUGGUGUGGUGUA